GUGACAUUUCCUCUUGCAUGUCAACAAAUCUUUUUCGGAAAGAAUGCCAGCAGAAAGGUAAUAAGUGAUAAUAUUGGCAGUCAAGUGCUUUACUAGCAAGCUGAAGGAUGUAUCCGUAUUUGAAAAGAUAAUUACUGUGUAUUCAUCUAGUGUUGGCUGGGAUUUAGCAGAGUGCAAUGAGCGCAUUAAGGGCUGUGGCAUUGGAUCUGAUGUUGAGAACGUUCAUGAACUCAUCAGAGUUCAAUGAGAUGCUUAACAAGAAUUGGGAAGCAAUAGCUAAAUUGAUACCAGGCACAACAGCAAAACAGUGUGCAAAGCGGUAUGAAGAAUUACAGCAUGCAGCCGGAGGGGUGCCUCCUGUGGGUGACUUUUCUAGCCUAGCAGCUCAUGGCAGACCCAUGACAUUGGAAAGAAGCGAUAGUGGAUUGUCUAGAUAUGUCAGAUCCAUGUUAGAUCAAAAUGAUUCCGCAGCUAAAUCUGAUGCCAGUAAAGGAUUGAAUCCAAGGAGUAGACCAACAUCAGCCAAAAUUAAAGGUGCCAUAAACUGCCCUAGUGCUAGUUUGACAAAGUAUAGUAAUGGAAGAGGAAGUCCAAGUCAGUCAUCUCAGCAAGCAAACCAAGCGGACAGUCAAGGACCACAUAUGGUGAUUCAUGUCUGUGAUGAAGCAAAAAACUUAAAGCAAGAUUUUACUUGUCCGCGUGAUUUGCUGGUUCAAGAAAUGAAAUAUUUUGCGGAGUAUUUGUCAGUGGAUGCACACCGAUGGGAGGAAGUGGAUAUCUCUGUACACUGUGAUGUACAGAUCUUUGAUUGGCUCAUGAGAUAUGUCAAACGGUUGUCUUCUGAUGCCAAGAAAGAGGGGGCGCCAAAGCUAGAGCCUGGCAAUGUGAUUUCUAUUCUGAUCUCAUCUGACUUCUUAAAAAUGGAUUCACUGGUGGAGGAAUGUAUUGAUUAUUGCCAUGAAAACAUGAGUGCUAUUGUAGCCACUCCAUGCAACAUGAAUUGUAUAAACGAUAAACUCAUAACCAGAAUUGCUGCUCUUUUCAACCAUAAUGAGGCAGAUGAGAUCAAAGAUAGAAAGGACAAGUUUAAAAGUAAGCUCUUCUGUAAGAAGAUUGAAAACUUGUUUGAUCCGCAGGGUUCUCAGGACUCUCCAGCAUCGGCAGCUAAUUUGUACAGAUGUGGUAUAUGUAAAAAGCUUUUAACUCCAGAGUUAAGGAAUAAGUUGAAAUGUCUACCAAAUAGGAUGACAAUUGAUAAUGAAGGCAAUAUAUCGUACAGCCAUGUAAGGGAUGGAAACUGGGAUGUGAAUGAUUAUUUAAUCAGUUUAAGAAAUCAAGUGAAGAAUUGGCGUGAGGUUUACUGGAGAAUUUGGGGUUCUAUCAACUACUUGAAAUGUUCUCGUUGUCAGCAGACUUUUCCUUGUGUGGAACUAUCGCAGUGUCAGUAUCAUCCAGAACCUGCCCAGUUUCUAAAUACAGUGGAUAACUCAGCAACUGGUGCUAUUGGUAUCUACCCAUGCUGCAAACAAAGAAGUCUACGAUUUGAUCCAACACAACAAAACACAGUGA